AUGGAGACUGAAGUCAUGAGAAAGCGAAAGCAGCGAGAGUAUGAUCAUGCGUACCUCAAAGGUCUUCCGGCUGGGUAUAGGUUCUACCCCAAUGACAAAGAGCUAUUUCUGAAUUACUUGAAGCCCAAGCUCCAUAACCAGCUCCUGCCACCAAACCGUAUCAUCGACGUUAAACUCUCUCUUUAUAAUCCCAACUCUCUUGCAGAAACGUACCAACGAUAUGGACAGAAGGAUUUGUACAUUUUUAGUCCAACAACUCGAAAGUAUCCCAAUGGAACCCGUCCAGAUCGAAAAGCUGGGAAUGGGUUCUGGAAGGCUACUGGAGCUAACAAGGAAAUUAUAGAUACUGAAAACAACAGUAUUAUUGGGUUUAAGAAGUCACUGGUUUUCUACGAAGGAAAACCUCCAAAGGGUCAAAAGAGUCCAAAGGGUGAGAAGACCGACUGGAUUAUGCAGGAAUAUAGACUCAACAAUCCUCCUCCUCGAAUCAGAAGGGGCGAAAAUGACAUGAUAUUAGACGAAUGGGUAUUAUGCAGGAUCUAUAGGAGAGUACAUGCAAAUAAAUCUAAAAAUGCGGAAGGGCAAGAAGAGGGAGAGGAAUGUGUUGAAGAUGUGGAAGAAGAGGAAGCGAUCCCAUCUUUGCCUUGCAACUCCAAUGGUGCCCCGCAGCAGUCCCAGUCCCAACAGGUUGAAGAACAGCCUCCCACAUCUUUUCCUUGCAACUCCAAUGGUGCCCCGCAGCAGUCCCAGUCCCAACAGGUUGAAGAACAACUUCCCACAUCUUUUCCUUGCAACUCAAAUGGUGGCCCGCAGCAGUUCCGACGGAUUGAACAACUUCCGCCGUUACAACAACGAAGGCUCUAUGUAAGCAGGGAAUCUAAAACCCAUAUUCAAAAAGAUGAAUUUACUGGAACUUUUACUUUCAACUCGACUGGUGCAGCCCUGCAGCAAGCUUAUUGGAACUCAAUUGGUGUCCCACAACCUCCGACGUUACAACUCCCGCUGCCACAUGUAAACAGGAUCAGUAAAUCUAAAACCCAUUUUCAAGAUGUAGAAAAGGAAGUGAUCAGUGCUGCACCUUUGCCUUCCAACUCAAAUAAAGAUCAAGUUCCUUAA